AUGGGUCCGAAAACAGAGGCAUCACCAAGAAUGAAGACCACAGAACCUACUGCAAGAUGGCCUGAGCAACUGCCGGAACAGGGAAGACACAAUGCCAAGCUCCGUCGCAGUGUUGUUGCACAACAACCAGAACUGCACUUCAUCACUGCUACUCUGCCACAGGACAUGAAUAAUGUACAGGCACUAAGCCAGAUCAGAUCGCAUGUAUCCAAGGAGUCUCACGCUCGCCGCCGCCGAGCUCUUGCUGAGAAGCUGGCGCUGUAUCACGCGAACCGGACCAGCCUCAAACAACAGCUGUGGGCUCGUGUUAGCGAUAAGCCCAACAAGCCUUCCAAAGAGGCAUGA